UUCUCUACAGAAAAAUUCAAAGGAACAAUCGCAAUAUUUGGCUUCCAAUUGUACCUAGAGCGUUUCGCUGGUCGGUUAUAAACCAUAUUCACGAAUCUAUUCUUCAUUUAGGAUGGGAUAAAACGUUAGAAAAGGUAUACCAACAUUACUGGUUUCCAAAUAUGGCUAAAUACGUCAGAAAAUUUGUUGAAAAUUGCAUAACAUGUUAAGAAGCUACAUCACGAAGUGGUAAACAACAGAUAGAAUUACAUCCUAUACCGAAAACUAAUAUACCUUGGCACACGAUCCACAUCGACGCCACAGGUAAGCUCAGUGGCAAAAACGAUCAAAAAGAAUAUGUUUUUGUCCUUGUAGACGCUUUUACUAAGUAUGUGUUACUCAGGCAUUUCACAAGAAUUAACACCGAUAGUGCGAUCAGCGCUCUUAAAACGUCCAUAUCUUUCUUCGGGACCCCAGUCCGUGUCAUCGCGGAUCAAGGCAGGUGUUUUGCCAACAAAGAUUUUAAGAAUUUUUGCGCAAGUCACAAUAUCCAUUUACACCUAAUAGCAACAGGCUCUUGCCGCGCGAAUGGCCAAGUAGAGCGCAUAAAGAGUACACUCAAAAACAUGCUAACAGUCGUAGAAACAAGCCCAAAUAAGUCAUGGCAGGACGCUUUAGACGAUGUCCAACUCUCUAUAAACAGCACUAUUCAUAGAGUGACUAAAGCAAGCCUUCUGGAAUUGUUAAUAGGUAGAGUAGCUAGACCGUUAAAUUUGGUAACAGUAGACGAGCAUGAGAUUGAGAUAGACGUGGAAGAGAUAAGAGAACAAGCCGAUAGGCUUAUAAAAACAAACGCAUGUUGUGAUAAAGCACGGUUUGAUAAAAACAAGGCAAAAGUCAUAUCGUUUUCUGUGGGAGAUUACGUUUUAAUAGAAAAUCACGAACGGAAUCAAACAAAAUUAGGUGCUAAAUAUAGAGGACCCUUUGAGGUAAUUGAAAUACUGGACGGUGACAGGUAUCAUCUCAAAAGCUUAAGUUGCAAUCGCACUUGCAAAUACGCGAGAGACCGCUUACGUCCACUUCCCCAUUCUUAUGUCCCAAUCGAAUUGGAUCCGUGUCUCUCAGAUGACUGUGAUGAUAAUGAUGAUGCCCGGCCUUCAACUUCACACGAGGGCGUGUGAUAUGUCAGGACGGCCGUGUCGGAGGAAGCCAUUGAUGGAGUUGCUUGUUGAUUGUACGAUACUGCAUAAAAUUGUCUCUUUAUCAUCUAAACACAUUUUAGAAAUCUUAAUAUAAUUUAAUACGCAUUUUUACAUUGUUGUAAAGCCUAAAACAUGUUUCUAAUAACGGAUUUGUGAUUAUAUUUAAAGUAGGAAGUUAUUAAGUUGCCAUUGUCAACUGAAUUACUGUUUAACGCAUAGUGUGCAAUGUUUAAUGUUUAUUGAAAUUGUAUAAGCUUCUAAUAACUUUUAAUUUGAUCUUACUUUAUAAGUUACGUUUUUCACAGAUUAAAUAACAUUAUUAUCGUAAUUUAAGUAACGACCAAUCAGAGCAGAGCACGUGGCUUGAGUGAGGUCGAGGCGUCAUCUUUAUAUAAGGCAGUUUGACAGUUGUCAUAAGUUGAGGUGUAAAUUGGGGAUGGAUCGAGUUGGAUCCUUGAAGUUGGUUUAUUGGUGGUGUUAAGAAGUGGCGCUUUGAACUCACUGCUCGGUCUUAACAGUUAAAACUUCUCUUUCUGAUUAGGGGAAAUACGGACAAAAUGACAUAUACGGACAAAACGAC